AUGUUUGCUUCUUCCACUGUGACGUGUCGGUUGCUCUAUGGACUUGACAAGGAUACCUGCGGGGUAGAUGAAGUGAAGCUGCAGGUAAGCAAUCUUGCCCCUCCCAUGAAGAGAGAUAGCAAAGAAGGUGCACAGAGGGCGCCAUUUGCUCUCAACUUGCUUCUAGAUUCCCUCCUUGGCUACUAUGAACAAGUAGUCAAGGUCAUCAUGGAGGCAGCUGGCCUUGCUCUUGCUAUCCUCCCGCUUCUACUCAGCCAGCUCGACAACUAUGUCCAGGGUCUUCAAACACUGAAGGGAUUUCGAGCAAGGCGUUAUCGCCAACAGUUGGAUGAAUAUUUCACAAACAUUGGAACUCAGCAUGCACUCUUCUUGAAUACGCUCGAACGAACCCUCGAUGGAGUAGUUGAAUACCAAGAUGGCAUUGACGAUUUGAUCAACAACCCAUCGGGCGAAGCUUGGAAGAGGCCUGAGCUCCAGCAGAAAUUGGAAAGGAAACUCGAAAGAAGUUAUUGGCCCUUCACAAAAACAAUGGGAGAGCUUUCUUCCCAGCUUGAAGAUCUGAAGAGAAGGCUCAUAAUUGAACAGGUGUCAUCUGCCGAGACAAUCUGGAAAGAUGCAUCAAUACUGGAAAGAGAGGUUAGAAAAUUCCGAGACAUCUUCUCCAAGAGUAUAUAUGCCGACCUGCUUCACCGAAUCAGCACCGCGAAUACCAUUCUCGACACAUUACUGAAGCAGUCCGAGUAUCGAAAUCAACCAAGAAGACGAAUAGCCUCCAAACGUCCUCUUCUGCGGUACAGGAAAGCUCGAAAAUCGGCACACAGCUUGCACAAGACCAUUAUUCGAGGAAAAUGUUGGAACUGCCCAUGCAAAGCGAGUCACAAAGUUCACUUUGUGUUGAAUACCCCGUACAUUGAUACUUUCGAUACAUCCACUGAGGCGUCCGCAAAUCCCUGCUUUGACCUGGUCUUGACCUCGAUCUCCGCUGCCGAUGCAGGUUGUGUCAGCUCUCUCACAAAGAGCUAUAAGCUUGCUGCGGAAUCCGAAAUCAUUCAAUCCAGCAUCGGCGUCCGGCAUAUAUGUCACUCUGGCCAUGCAGGACACAAUACGCCUCAAAACCAUAAGAAGAAAACAGUGCAAUUUGCUCCACCUGAAACGGCGUGUGAGUUCCCAAGGAGCUCGAGACCCCAGCUGCCUCCAAUUGUUGAUAUUUGCGCUGCUAUAUCGGCUGUGAUACCCGAGCAAGGGAGCCAGACCGCUCUAGGGUGGCUUUCAGAUGAGAGCCAUAGACACAAUAUCACUUACAUCCGAAAUGUUGGUGGAGGCUUAAGCUCACAGUCAUUGGAGGAUCUGAUCACCGCAUCUUGUCGGUCCUCGGAAAGUCAAACAAGCGAGAAAUUCUUUUUUAGUCAGCUCGAUCGGCUUCGAAUAGCCGUGAACCUCGCGUGCAGUGUUCUUCAAUUUCAUGGAAGCUGGUUGAAGAACCAUUGGAGACCACGGGAUCUCAUGUUUGACCCACAGGAUAUAGAAGGAAUCGGCGACAUCUAUAUCCCUUGGAAUGUAGGUGAGAAUAUUGAUGACCCAAGCGUCCGGAAGGGUCAGAAUUCUCCCACACUGGUCCGGAACCAAAUUCUUUUCCCCCUUGGCCUUGUUCUCGUUGAGUUGUCGCUAUGCAAGAACCUGGAAUCCGAUCGCAGACCCGAGGACGAGGACCAAAACGAGGCACAUGCGAAUCUUAAAACAGCAACUCGUCUUUUGCCGAAGGUGGAAGAGUUAAGUGGGCCGGAGUAUGCAGACGUGGUUGACCGGUGUCUUUCAUGGCAUGACAGAAAAGAAACAAGCUUGGAAACCGAGAAAAUGCAAGAAGAGGUGUUUCAGCUGAUCGUUUUGCCACUGAUUGAAAACUUGAGGAGUUUUGAGGACUCGUUCGGAAUAUAUUGA